AUGGCGGCUAGAACAGGUGACAGGUCGAAAUGGAGACGAAGAAAAUGCUCCAAAAGUCCUACAGAAGACGACAAUGAUUGUGCGAGCCUUGCAUGGCUAUUGAACUUCAGAUUGGACGAUUUCGUGAAUAUCAAAGUGCCAGAUGAUGAGCCUGUGGUGAAAGAGCCGAAGGUGGACAUUCCUGAUACACCGCCCGCACUGAAGAAACCUCCGUACACAUACCCAGAGCUGAUAGAAAAAGCUUUGCGAGAGAAUGGGGAGCUGACGGUCUCUGCUAUAUAUCAAUGGAUUUCGGACCGUUUCCCCUUCUACAAAGCUAAUGAUGAACGCUGGAAGAACUCAGUAAGACACAACUUAUCCAUCAACCCUCACUUUCGGAAGGGUGCCAGAGCUCCACAAGGCGCUGGUCAUCUUUGGUCUUUGGCUGCCAAUGCGAUAGACCUGCUGCCACUUAGGAACCCCAUGCUUGAAGAGAAGAAGACUGCUGAUGUUAUCGAAAAGACCAGGAUUUAUGGGUUCCCUAAGGUGAUCGUGUUGGAUGAAGCAGCCAUCGCAGCUGCCAGCAUCAUACCGGACCAAGACUUAUUUACAGGUAGCACAAUGUUCCUAAAUCCUGUGUCGACGGAGCAAGUGGUCAGGGAAAGUGGGCUCAUCACAGUGGAUUAG